GUUUUAUUUCACCAUUAUUGACAAAGCAAUUUCAAAACAGAAACAUGAGGAAGAAGAAGAAAAAUUACAGUGAAAGCUCACCAAAAAGAAACAUGAAUCAGAGAAUAUGGAUGCAAUCAAGAGAGAAGACUCAGGGCUUGGCAACACAUCAACCACACCAGAUCCAAAUGAAAAAGUUGAAAAUCAGAGGGGUGAAAGGAAGAGAGACCUGACUCUCGAUGCCGCUUGCUCUCCGGCGCUCGUUGGUGCUGCUCGACGACGCUUCUCGGCGGUGCUUGCUGGUUGCUGCUCGCUGCUCCCCUGCCAUUGAAGCUCUGUUAUGCGCUGCGAGAGUGAUGAAUGCGAUGAAGGUUAUGAGGAGCCGAAGGGUUGAAAUGAGUUGGAGGGGUAUAAUUGGAAGAAUGGUCCUAUUUAAGGAAGAAAAUUAUACUUACUCCUAUUUGGGAAUUUCACCAAUAAUUUGGUCCUAUUUGGGGUUAUUUACUCUUAAAUAUGAACAAAAUGACACCUCAUCAUUGAAUACCCUUUGAAUCAUAACAAUCAUCUGAGAAAAUGUAAAUUAAGAUUUAAUUACAUACUAUUAAGUAUUAACGAGAGAAUCCGGUUCCAACCCAAAUCUUUGUUUGGAAUUGCACAUGGGACACAUUCCUUGUAAGUUGUAACACCUCUUUCUAUCAUGUGAGAUAUACCCCAAUGCAACAUAACAAUUCAAUCAAAAACACUUCACAAACAUAGGUGUUACAAAAGUGGGUAUAAGAGUGGGUACAAUAUUUUUGUUCAACUAAUGCGAGAGUGUGAUGCACCCAUGUUUGAUUAAGAAAUGUAGCAAUGCCAAUGUUUGUCGCUUUCUUUCAAUUAAAGCAACCUAAUCCUCUCUGGACACCACACACAUUAGAGUCUUACGUGCUGCAUUUUGGCAUUUUUCACUGCAACACCGAGAAUGCUACUUUGAGCUAGGAACUACAUUUUGAUAAAGUGUAAUUUGCUAAAAUCAGAGCCGGACAAUUAAAAAAAAGGAGUUCCAUUUGGUUUAUUUGGGUUAGUGGUACCGUUUAUUGAAAUUAUAUACAGAAUUGGAACGCAAAUUGUAAUAAAAAGAAUCUCAGACACGUAAAUGUGGAUGAAUGAAUUGUAGAAAUCUGAUAUCGGAGAUCUAAGGACUGAGCUACCAAUUCUGAAUCCGCAGCUACAUAUGGGUCUUCGCUUAGGCAAACCGGAGGCGCUUCCUCAUAACCAUUUGUGUGAAGCGAAUGACAGUCUGGUUGAUCCUUUACUCCAGCAAUCUCCAUUCCCUAUUCAUGAUGACCUCAAAUGUUAUAGCUAUUGUGAGCUUAAAAUUGCGACAAGAAAUUUUAGCUCACAUAACCUUCUCGGUAUGGGUAAUUAUGGUUCCGUCUUCAAAGGCUGGUUAGACGACAAAACCUUGGCUCCAUUCGAACCAGGCAUGGGAAUACAAGUGGCUGUGAAGAAAUUCACACCAAGCAGAUUCGGACCUCAUCGUGAUUGGACACCUGGAACCAAAUAUUUGGCCCAACUUCAACACACAAAUCUUGUAAGAUUGAUUGGCCAUUGCAUCGAUUCUGAAAACCGUUUUCUGGUCUAUGAGUUCAUGUCAAGGGGAAGUUUAGUGAACCAUUUGUUCAAAAGAGCUGAAGUCAUGUUGUGGUCUAUAAGGAUGCGCAUUGCUAUCGAUGUUGCACGAGGGUUAUCCUUCUUGCAUGGUCUAGGUGAAAAUGUGGUUUACUGUGAGGACUUUAAAACUGCCAAUAUUCUUCUUGACUAUGAUUUUAACGCAAAGCUUUCUGAUUUUGGCCACACCAACUUGUCUAAUUAUGCCUAUGACCGGAGUCCCGAAAGUACAUUUGUGAUGUCGCCAAAUAGCGCCUUUCAUUCGCCUGAAGUUAUGAUGAGAGGCAUCUUUAAAGAUGCGGAGUACAUGUUUAACUCAUUAUGAUGCCUUAAACCCAGGUAUCUUUAACUAACUAUAACAACUAGUCAGUAAGCAAUAUAUCCUGCAUCAAAUCUCCCCUGCAAAAAGACCUUUGUCCUCAAAGGUUAAAAUCUGGAUAAGCUCUAACAAAGUCAUCAUAAAGCAUCCAUGUAGCAUCUUCCAAUGGUUCAUUCUUCCAUUUGAUCAACAACCUGACAGCUGCAGCAUUACCCCUUUUUAUCAACCCUCUGUCAACAAUAAAAUCGGGUUCUUUUUUGUCAGCAUGUGAAAGCAUAAAGUCAGCAUGUUGGACUCAAGCAUCUGAUGUCUAUGGAUUUGGAAUACUUCUGCUAGAAUUAAUAUCAGGAAGGAAACUAUCAAGUUGUCAAGCUAUAAAUCUCGUGCGGAAUAGGGCGACCACGUUCCAAAUGUUAAUGGACCCGAGGUUGUUGGGUGUUUAUCCUAUCAAAGAUGCAAAAAUAGCCCUUUCUAUUGUUCACUGGUGUAUGCGAGAAUCCCUGCCUACAAGGCCAUCUGUGGCACAUGUCUUAGCUAAACUUGAAAAUCUUGUUCAGUAGUUAUUCUCAACAAUGAGCAUUCUUGUAACUCUGAGAUUAAAAAUUAAGAUUGACAAAUAUAAAAUAUAUAUCAGCAUCUUUAAUGGCCUUGCAAUAGUAUCAAAUGCUGGCCGAUGAGUGAUAACUAUUUAGUAGUACUAGAUGGUUAUAUACUGAAAUAAGAAUUGAAUUGAAG